UUUUCCCUUGCGCUGCACCUCCAGGCUGGACUGACCCUAGGCGGUGGCAUGGAGGGGCCCCAAAGUGUCUCCUUGGUCCUGCUGCUUUUUCUGCUGCUUCCACUGGGCCCAACUUGGCAUGCGGCCGCCCAGCGCUGCCCACAGACCUGCGUCUGCGACAACUCCAGGCGGCAUGUGGUCUGCCGGCACCAGAACCUCACUGAGGUGCCCAAUGCCAUUCCCGAGCUGACCCAGCGGCUGGACCUCCAGGGCAACGUGCUGAAGGAGAUCGUUUCAGCUGCCUUUCAGGACCUGCCCUAUUUGACACACCUGGACUUGCGGCACUGCCAGGUGGAGCUGGUAGCUGAGGGCGCCUUUCGGGGCCUGGGCCGCCUGCUUUUCCUCAACCUGGCCUCCAACCGCCUGAGUGCGCUGCCCCAGGAGGCGCUGGACGGACUGGGCUCGUUGCGGCGGCUGGAGCUGCAGGGGAACAUGCUGGAGGAGCUGCGACCUGGGACUUUUGGGGCACUGGGAGCACUGGCCACACUCAACCUGGCCUACAAUGCCCUCGUCUACCUGCCCGCCAUGGCCUUCCAGGGGCUGGUGCGCACCCGCUGGCUGCAGCUGUCCCACAAUGCGCUCAGUGUGCUGGCCCCGGAGGCUCUGGCUGGCCUGCCCGCUCUGCGCCGGCUCAGCCUGCACCACAAUGAGCUGCAGGCCCUGCCGGGGCAGGCCCUGUCCCAGGCCCGCAGCCUGGCCCAUCUGGAGUUGGGCCACAACCCAUUCACCUAUGCAGGGGAGGAGGAUGGGCUGGUGCUGCCCAGCCUGCGGCAGCUGAUGCUGGACCACGGGGCUCUGCAGGCCCUGGACCCCAGGGCUUUUGCCCACUGCCCGCGCCUGCACACCCUGGACCUCCGCGGAAACCAGCUGGACACUCUGCCACCAUUGCAGAGCCCAGGGCAGUUGCGCCGGCUGCGGCUGCAGGGGAACCCGCUGUGGUGCGGGUGCCAGGUCUGGCCACUGCUUGAGUGGUUGGCACGGGCACGCGUGCGCUCAGAUGGCGUGUGCAGGGGGCCCCGCCGCCUACAAGGAGAGGCCCUGGACGCCCUGCGGCCCUCAGAUCUGCGCUGCCCAGGAGACCCAGCAGAGGAUGAGGAGGGAGAGCUGGCGGCCGUGAAGCCCCGUGCCCCUCCCAGUGCUCCCAGAGAGGAGGACGGGGCCGCCCGGCCCUGCCCACGCGCCUGUGUGUGUGCCUCUGAGUCCCGGCACAGCAGCUGUGAGAGCCGAGGCCUGCAGGCCGUGCCCCGAGGCUUCCCCAACGACACCCAACUCCUGGACCUGAGGCAGAACCACUUCCCCGUGGUGCCCCAAGCAGCCUUCCCGGGCCUGAGUCACCUGGUGUCACUGCACCUGCAGCACUGCCGCAUUGCGGAGCUGGAGGAGGGCGCCCUGGCAGGGCUGGGCAGCCUGCUCUACCUCUACCUCUCCGACAACCAGCUCUCGGGCCUCAGCGCUGCUGCCCUGGAAGGGGCCCCCCACCUUGGCUACCUGUACCUGGAGCGAAACCGCUUCCUGCAGGUGCCCAGCGCUGCCCUGCGCACCCUGCCUCGCCUCUUCUCCCUGCACCUGCAGGGUAAUGCAGUGGGCCACCUGGCACCUGGGGACCUGGCGGGCAUGCAGGCCUUGCACUGGCUCUACCUGAGUGGGAACCGUAUCACCCAGGUGUCCCCAGGGGCACUGGGCCCAGCUCCGGAGCUAGAGAAGCUGCACCUUGACAGGAACAAGCUACAAGAGGUGCCCACUGGGGCUUUGGAGGGGCUGCCUGGCCUCCUGGAGCUGCAGCUCUCAGGGAACCCGCUCAGGGCCCUGCAGGAUGGGGCCUUCCGGCCGGUGGGCCAAUCACUGCAGCAGCUGUUCCUGAACAGCAGUGGCCUGGAGCAGAUUUCUCCCGGGGCCUUCUCGGGCCUGGGGCCCCGGCUGCAGAGCCUACACCUGCAGAAGAACCAGCUGCAGGCCAUGCCUGCCCUGCCCGGCCUCAGCCAGCUGGAGCUGGUCGACCUCAGUGGCAAUCCCUUCCGCUGUGACUGCGAGCUGCUCCCGCUUCACAGGUGGCUCACUGGGCUGAACCUGCACGUGGGAGCCACCUGUGCCACCCCCGCCAGCGCCCGUGGCCAGAGGGUGAAGGCUGCAGUUGCUGUCUUUGAAGCCUGUCUGGGCUCGGCUGCCAGGAAGGCCAAGCGGACACCCAGUGCCAGGAAAACCCACACGAGGGGCAGACGGUGGGGAGCAGACAAGGUUGGUCACGGGGCAGGCGUGGAGGCCUGGGUGCGGGGAUCAGGUUCCAGAGCUCCAGGGGUAGCAGGGCUCCGACUUCUCUCCGUCCCGGUCUUGUAUGGUUCUUGAUCUGGGCAAUGACCGGCUUGCUCCUGCUCAGCGAUGUCCAUCCCCUCCUCCCCUGG